AUGGCGGACACUCCCAACCGCGACGAUGCCCUAAUCCGCGAGAAUAUUCAAGAACGCGGAAACAUUCAAAGCCACGAAGAUGUUCAAAGUGGUGAGGAUACUACAAGUCGUGACGAUACUGUGAAUGGCAUGGAUUCUCCAAUUCAAGCGGGUCUCCAAAGCCAUGAAGCGACUCCAAUUCAAGUGGAUUUCCAAAGCCAUGAAGCGACUCAAAGCCACGCAGACACCCAGCACAAUGAGGACGCACAAGGCCACCAGGAUGCUCGAAACCAAGAGCAGACUGAGAUUAAAGGAGAUAUUCUACGCAACGAGACUGAGCAAAUGUCUCCCCAUUCUCCAAUUCCUCCUUUGUUCACCCUCCCAUUGGAGCUACGCCACAUGAUCUGGCGUCAGCUGAUUCCUCGCGGCUUGUCAAUUGAGGUCUCGCGCCGCUUCCGACCCUUCGGGGUGGAACCCCUAGUCUCGACCUACGACUGGGACGCCGAGGAUCUGUUUGGCAACCAGAUUCCUCGGUGGACAGGUAUCCUCACCAUCUGCAAGCAGAUGAGUGAGGAGUGCCUCGACAUCCUCUACGGGGAGAACCUAUUCGAAAUCUGGGUGGCCGAUGAUGCAGAGAUCAGCAUGAAGAGGUUCUUUGGCAAGGCAAACCUCCGACGAUUGCGUUACGUCGUCGCUAUCUCUCACACGGCCUCCGGUUUCGAUAAGGGGACCCCCAAGCCUGACCGUCACUUCUGGGAAACAAUUUUACCUGGUCUGACGGAUUUCAGCUGGAGGAUGGAGGCCCCGUCGUCCGCCUUGGACGACGAGUACCUUCCGGAUGAGAAGAUCCAGGGAAUGUGGCGGGAGUGGACUGAUACCCUCCUGACCUGCUUCAGUAUGGGUCUUCGAGGCCGGACAGACGUGGAUCUUGGCUAUGAGGUGGGCUAUCCAACCGAGCGGGUGGUUAGGAUCAAGCGGCACAGCAUUGAGUUCCGGCGUGGGCCGUUUGUGGCCAAGAGAAAGUGA